CCGGCCCCGGCCCCGGCCCCGGCGAUCAAGACCGAGGGUGGCUAUUCCCCGCUAGAGCCAAGCGGGGCCAGCCAGCCGCUCUCCGUGGAGGCGCAGAGCGAUGCCAAGGAGCGUGCCCACAGCAGCGUGGACCCCGGAGCCCGGUGCCCGGAGCAGCCCAGGAAGUACCUGCAGAAGCCCCGGCAGGCGUGCUUGUACCUGCCCGAGGGGCCGGGGCUGGAGCCCAAGCCCCAGCUCUUCAAGGAGCCGUGCUACCCGCUGCCGGAGAGCCGGGGGCAGGAGCCGCCCCUGCUGAAGGAGCCCAUCUUCGCGGGGCUCCAGCCACACAUCGCGAUGCCUCGACUGAGCCCCUACACCGGCCCCGGGGAGCGCUUGAGCCAGCCGGCCCCCGAGAUCAAGGACUCGCUGCCGGACGCGGUGCUCACGGAGAGCGCGCUGGAGACCAAGGAGCCGGCAGCCCCCGCCCUAGGGCUGGCCCAGCCCUUCGGCCAGGUGGCCCCGGGGUUCGCCGCCCCGCUGCUGGGCCCCGGCAAGGCCCCGCUGCCCUGCGGCCGGCAGCCCUCGCCCGCCUGCUUCCCUGCUUUCGAGGGCGAGGCCUACGUCAAGCCGGCGCUGCCCAUGUUCGGCUCCUUCGGCUGCGCGGGCACCGACGCCCUGAGCGGGAACUACCAGUGCCGCGUGCAAGCGCUGAGCUUCUGCAUGAACGAGCGCCCGUGCAGCUCGGCCCUGGAGCACAUCCUCAGCUCGGCCCAGCCCGCGGCCCCCGGGGCGCCCGUGCAGCCGCCCGCCUUCCACCCGGCCCUCCAGCUGCCCGGGGACCAGAAGGAGGCCUGGUCCGGAGCCGCCUUCCCCCUGCAAGGGGGCAACGGCUACCACCUGGGGCUGCCCAAAUGCAUCUACCGGACACCGGGCAUGUUCUUCUUUGAGUGACGGGAGCCGGCUGUGCGAGAGAGACAGACGCCCCGCGUAAGUUAUUGCCUCCCGCUGGGGACGGCCCGGCAAAGCCCGCACGGACCCCGGCUGCCGGGGGCAUCCCUGGGGGUCCGGACACUGCCACCAACCCCUUUGCCCCAGCUUGUAUCCUAUGGGCCCGGGGACAGACUCGGUGCCAGCCUGCGGAAUAAAGCGCAUUCCCCCA